UAUAAAUAAAACAACCCCUUCAAACUCCAACGGUCUCCCAUCAAAUUCCCAUUCUGUUAACACCGCAGUGUAACUGAAAUCAAAGUGAAAUGAGCGAUUCAAUCUUAGCAUUCGAAGAUGAGAUUCAAAAAUUGGCGAUGAAACCUUUCAGAAAAUUACAAGAUUCAUGCAUUGAGUUUUCAGGGAGAAAGUUUCUUAUCAACCUUAAGAAGAAGAAGAAGCGUGAGAAACAAAUCGAAAUGUUGAAAGAUAACACUGUGCAAUGUGAUUCAAAAAGAGCGAAGCGACAAUGUGAACAACAUGAUUCAGAUGAUGAUUUUGAAACUCCCAUGCCAAAAGGAAUUAGUGUUAACAAAAAAGAGGACCAGCCACAUAAACAACUCUCUUCAUCUUGUCAGAUUGUAACAAAAAGUAAACAGUCAUCAGCCAAAACAAAGAAAAGGAAGGAGCCAGUGAAUGACAAUGGGUCAGAUGAUGAUUUUGAAUCACCUAAGAAAGAUAAUGAUAUCCAAUCACCUAAGAAACGAUGUAAAAACGGGAAAAGAAAGGUGAACAAUGACAGACCACAUGUUUACAAGGAUAUCACAACCACUAGAAUUAGAACAAGGAGCUGCCCAGCAAACUUUUGUGAAAUGGUUCAAUCUUUAAAUGUUGCACAAUUGGCAGUUGUUGAAGAAAUAGGGUUCUCAAGUGUUCUUCAAUUAGACGUGCACAUGGUUCCUACAUGUUUGGGGUAUUGGCUUGUAACUAACUAUGAUGUUGAAAGCAAUAACUUAGAUAUAGGAACCCGCAAAAUAGAAAUAACACGUGAGUUAGUCCGAGAUGUACUUGGCAUACCUAUGGGAGAUAAACAAGUAGUUGAAAUGGGUAAACCGAGUUAUAGUGACCCUGUUAUAGCCGAGUUUAGAAAUCAAUACGGGGCUAGAUCAAAGCUAAAAAAGGUAAAAGAAGUCAUUGAGACAAUCAAAGCAUCAGAUGAGAGUGGAAGAAUAUUCAAGCUGAACUUCUUAGUAGUUUUUAACACAAUAAUGGGUGAAACUACAAAAGGGUCAACGGUGUUAAUGAGGUUUCUACCCUCUGUAACAACAGAUGUUGACAUUAAAGAUUUGGAUUGGUGUAGCUACAUUGUCACUUUAUUGAAAAAUACUAAGGCAGGAUGGAGUGGUUUGGAACAUUUUAAUGGCCCAUUGACAUUCUUGGCGUUAGUGUAUGCUCAUGAGAAAGGAAAAUCCUUGAUGACAACUAUACCAGCGAUACAACACUAUGGGACGGUUUCACUUAUGUACCUUGAAGAUGACUUGUUCGCUAACACUUAUACUUUCCUUAGUCACUUGGAAGAGGCUAUUAGAUUAAAAGAUGAAGAAAAUGUGAUCGACAAAGAGGGCGUCAAGAACAAUGAAAAAGAAGGUUGUGGCACUACUAUUACAGAAAAUGAAGGUAGUUCAUCAUAUGAACCAUAUGAUUUGGUAUCAUCACCUACGAACCCUACCAAUGAGAAUGAGUUAAGAAUUUUAAUUGAGAAGAAGGUAGGACAAAUUGAUAAACUGAUGACAGAAGUUGAGGGUCUCAUGACAGAAGUUGAGGGUCUGAUAACGAGGGGGAUAGAUAAAUAUCCAAAUGAUGAUGGGAUAAAACAAGUAGCAGUCGAAUGGGAGAUAAACUUACAGAAAUACAGAGACAAGAAAAGGGAUGUUUCUGGCAACAAGGUUCAAAACGUUACAGAAAUAAACAACCAGGCGGGAAUGUCGUUGAGUGAAUCAACAGAAGAGGAGAUUGGUUUUUUAACAAUGGAACAACUAGAAAAAGAUGCCUUUAUGAAGAUCGCUAUUUUAGAGAGAAAACAAACUAACCAAGCAAAACCAUCUGACAAGCCGAGUUUUGACUUCAUGUCACAACUUACCCCACUAGAUGAAGCCGACUAUACCAACACACCUACAAGAGAUGGCACCGCAAAGCAUAAUGAUGAUGUGAAUGUUGCAAGGCUAUUGAAAAAAAUGCCAAUUUUGCGUACUGAUGACGGUUUCGAUGAACAAGAAGUGGUGAUGGAAACACCACCAAAUCAAAUAUUGGCACCAUUACCUAUAAGUGUUGUGAAACAAAUAUCAAAGAUAAAAGAAACUCGUCCUACACGUAACAAAACUUUGCCUGCUAUCUUGCGUUCACCAUUUACUCGAAAGAAGGUCAGUUUGGCAACAAGAUGGUCAAAGGCCGAAAUUAACAUAUCAGAAACCAUAUUCGCUGCCAACAAAGAUGUUUGGAAUACUGUGUUUGAAACGAAACAUGGGAUAAUUGUGCCAAGGGUAUCGCUCGAGACAAUGUAUCCAGGGCUGAUGGUUCACAUAAGUGUGUUAGAUUGUUGGUCUGCAGUGCUCAACAGUGAGGACAAAUUCCGUAACAAAAAAGACCCAAAAAGGAUGUUUUGUUACUGUAAUAUGCUGGGCGAUAAAGAUUUUGAUAUAACAGUCAAUGAGGAAGAAAGAAUCAAGACUUUCAAUACUAACAUGGAUAGAAUUUUGCGGGACACUGAGAAAAAAACCAUUAUUGGUUUUGACCUACUGUUUAUCCCAAUAUUGUAUUCCAAGCACUACUAUGUCAUUUGUUUCAAUCUGACACAGCCACAAGUUCAUGUCAUUGACAAUCUAGCUUCUAAAGCUGAUUUUGAUGCAAAGUAUGGUCAACGACCACAAAUCAUGCAAAAAACAUUGUGCAGCUACUUGGAAAUAGUCGGCCAUCCACUUGCAUCAGAGUUGAAAAUGUGUAAACCAGUACGUUUAGAAAUGCCGUGGAGGACCCAUUACAAUUCUGUGGAUUGUGGUAUUUUUGUAAUGCGUCAUAUGGAGACGUACAAAUGCACCCCAAUCAAGGUCUGGUUAUGUGGACUAUUAAAAGAAGUAGAAGGUCAAAGGGGCCAACUAAAUGAUCUUAGGGUGAAGUAUCUUGUAAAAAUACUCAUGUCAGAUAUUAACAUACAAAAGGAUGCUAUUGUGGCCGAGGUUCGUCAGUUUGCAAAGGUACGUGAUGAGGAGAAGGAAGCACUGAAGAAAAGCCGAUUUGAAAGGAUAAAAGAAAGGGUAGAAAGUGCUAUAUAGUUUCGAACAUGGUUGUUAUUGUGCAUGUUAUUGUGUUGGUUCAAAACUUGAUCACUAUGACUUAACACACUCUAGAAGUUUGUGUUGUUGUUUACUUUCGAUGCAUUAUAUGGUGAAUAAAAUGAACAUGCAAGCAAUCCAAUGGUUAAACAAAUGCAGUA